AUAUUCUUAGUCAUAAAAUCAGAAUCAUAAGACACGUACAAUUUAGAAGUCAUUUUUAGAAUAAAACGUUCGAAAGGUUCGUAAGAAUUAUGGCUCCAAUACUAUACCACCAAGAUUUAAGUCCCCCAUGCAGAGCUGUUCGUAUUGUUGCAGCUGCGUUAAAUAUUCCUUUAGAGUUGAAAGUGAUAAAUUUAUUAAAUCGAGAACAUUUAUCACCAGAAUUUGUUGAGAUCAAUCCACAACAUACUUUGCCAUGUUUGGAUGAUAAUGGGUUUAUAAUUUGGGACAGUCAUGUGAUUAUAGCUUAUUUAAUUGAUGUAUAUGUUAAAGGGGAUACAUCUUUGUAUCCAAAAGAUGUUAAAAUACGUGCGAUGAUACAUCAAAGAAAUCAUUUUGACACUGGAGUUUUGUUUGCAAAGUUACGGCAACUAUUUAUUCCCGUACAUACUCAAAAUGAAAAAGAAUUAAAUCCAACAGUUGUUAAAGAAAUUGAAGAAGCCUACAAAAUUAUUGAAGCAUUUUUGUCCAAACAUAAUUACCUAUGUGGAAACAGUCUAACUGUGGCUGAUAUUUCAUGUGCAACAACUAUUCAAAUGGUAAAUGUGGCUGUUCCAAUUCCAGAAGAAUGUGUGAAAACUUUAAAUUGGUUAGAUCGCGUAACAAAUUUUCCACCAUAUAUUCAAGAAAAUGCAGACGGUCAAAUUAAAUUGGUGAAUCGAUUAAAAUCUUUACUAGGUGAUAAAAUUCAUGAUUUAAGUCCACCAUGCAGAGCUGUUCGUAUUAUUGCAGCUGCGUUAAAUAUUCCUUUAGAGUUGAAAGUGGUAAAUUUAUUAGAAAAGGAACACUUAUCACCAGAAUUUGUAAAGAUUAAUCCACAAAAAACUGUGCCAUGUUUAGAUGAUAAUGGAUUCAUACUUUGGGACAGUCAUGUGAUUAUAGCUUAUUUAAUUAAUAAAUAUAUUGAAAAUGAUACACCUUUAUAUCCAAAAGAUUUAAAAAUACGUUCAAAAAUUGAUCAGAGAAAUCAUUUUGAUUCUGGAGUAUUAUUUGCAAAACUACGUGAAUUAUUUAUUCCUGUUUGGUUUAAAGGUAGUAAAGAAUUGAAUCCAUCGACAUUGGAAGACAUCGCAAAAUCAUAUGAAUUCAUUGAAGCAUUUCUUGAGAAUAAUGACUACCUUUGUGGAAAUCAUAUUACCAUCGCUGAUAUUUCAUGUGCAACAAGCGUUAAUUACAGUAAAGUAGUUGUUCCAAUACCUAAAGAAUUGACAAAAACUACAGCCUGGAUAGAACGUGUCAAUAGUUUUCCACCAUUUGCUGAAGUUGAUCGACCAGGUCAAUUGGCUUUGGAGGCAGCAGUAAAAUCAAUCAUGGCUCCAAUACUUUACCAUCAAGAUGUGAGUCCACCAUCUAGGGCUGUUCGCAUUGUUGCAGCUGCGUUAAAUAUUCCUUUAGAAUUAGUAUCAAUAAAUUUAUUAACCAAAGAACAUUUAUCUCCAGAAUUUAUAAAGAUAAAUCCACAACAUACUUUACCAUGUUUGGAUGAUAAUGGAUACAUACUUUGGGACAGUCAUGUGAUUAUAGCGUAUUUAAUUAAUAAAUAUGUUGAAAAUGAUACACCUUUAUAUCCAAAAGAUUUAAAAAUGCGUUCAAGAAUUGACCAAAGAAAUCAUUUUGAUACUGGAGUUUUAUUUGCGAAAUUACGAGAAUUAUUUGUUCCCAUUUUAUAUAAAGGUAGUAAACAAUUGAAUCCAGUAACAAUGGAAGACAUCGCAAAAUCAUAUGAAUUUAUUGAAGCAUUCCUUGAGAAUAAUCAAUACCUUUGUGGAAAUCAUAUUACCAUCGCUGAUAUUUCUUGUGUAACAACCGUAGAAAUGCUUCAAUUAGUUGUUCCAAUUCCUAAAGAAUUGAUAAAAACUGUAGCUUGGUUAGAACGUGUUAAAAAUUAUCCACCAUUUGCAGAAGUUGAUAAACCAGGUCAAAUGGCGUUGGAAGCAGCAUUAAAAUCAAUAUUAAAAUAGUAUAUCUCUCUCUCAAAUUUAUAAAUUUAAGAAA